UCAAGUGAGUGCGAAAGACGCCGAAGUAUGAGUAUGUAGUUGAAGUAUAGUCUCCGGAGAGCAUACAUUACUCCCAAAGAUUUGGGAACACUAACGCAAUUCAGACUUGAAGAAAGGGCCUCUUCGUUGUGAUGAACCUUUAUCCUCCUUCAAGGCCUUCUCUAUCUUAUUGCGAAUGUUCCACAUGUGCACCAAACUGACGGAAACGUAGGUGAACGGCAUCUAGUUUCCUGUCUGACCCGAUGCCCUUUUUUGCCUCGAUAAAUACUCACGUUCAAUUUUCGCGCAUUGCCCACGAUAGUCAUGGAAAAUGAUUCCUCUGUCGUUCGAGAACUCAUGGAAAGUCCACUUAUAUGUGCUUUCUUUGCGAUGCUUCUUUACGGUGUCAACUGUGCACAACUUCUGUUUUACUUCCAAAAUUACCCCGAUGACACGGUCUUGCUGAAGUGCUGGGUCACGAUUGUUUGGAUCCUGGAUACCUUACACAGCGGGUUUGCCGUGUCGUUUCUCAAGGGAUACCUGAUAGACGAUUUCGGCAACAUUACAGUCAUUGGGAUAAUUAGAUGGGAUCUAGUCGCCACCUAUGCAGUCGGGUAUGUUAUCGUCAUGAUGGUCAAUGCGUUUUACAUCUGGCGUGUAUGGAAGAUCUCUAGGAACGUUUGGAUUGUCUGCUUGCUGUUCGUUAUAAAUGUUGCUCGCCUCGCGAUGGAUGGAAUUGGUGUGGGCGUAGUUGCUGCCUCUCAUACCUUAUGGCAAACCUUUGGCAAACUUGACUAUGUUCCUCUAACGAUAUGGGGGGGCGUCGCUGUCCUUGCCGAUGUAUCGAUUCCAGGUGUUCUUGUCCUCCACAUUAGACAAUACUUGAGCCAGGAACUGCAUUCACAGGUGAUUAUGCAAAUUUUGAUAUAUAUAGUUGCAACUGGGGCCUUGACAAGCCUAUUUUCGAUCGUAGAGCUCCUUGCGCUGCUUCUCUGGCCGCGCUGCACGUUGUAUAUGGCGAUGACGCUGGUGCAGAUAAAAGUUUACUCUGUUUCCGCUCUUUUGUCUCUUAAUUUACGACUUUAUCGAAGCAGAGAACUUGUGACUAGCUUGAAUCUUGAAGGGGUGGGGGUUACCAUUCACACGGACCCUCCACAUCCCUCAUCAUUAGUGCGCAUGUCACACAGGCUGACGGCACCUAAAGAUGAUCUGCGAUGCUUAGGCCUACCUACAAAGAUUUUAUUGUUGAGCGCGAUCUUUGGAAAAGUGCUGCACAUCGUGUCACUCUCGUUAGGAACGGGUUCAUGGAACUAAUGCAGCCGACUAGACUCCCACGAGCACCCGGCCAGCCCUGAACUCCAAGUGACCAUGGGAAGUUGGAAAGUGGACUGGUGUCA